AUGGAUAAUAUACAGCAACAAAAAAAAAAUUUUAAAGAAAAAAAUGAAAACAUGAAUAAUAAAUUAAAUAACGAAGAAUUAAAAAGAAAAACGAAUCACAUUGAAUCUAAAUUUAAAAAGUUUUGUGGUUGUACUGAUCUUAUUUUAAAUUUGCCUACCAUUGACGAAAGUUUAAAAUUUUUGAAACAUGAAGUAGACAAUAGUAUAUUAAAUUUUAAUUAUAGUACAAUGCUUUUAAACGAAAAAGUUGAAAGACUAAAUGAUGUGGAACGUAAUGUAUCUAUACCAAUGGAAUUACCCUUCUUAUAUUCUUUUAAUUUAGAAAAUAAUGACGAUAUAAGAAAUUGGAUUAAUGAACAGAACAUAUGUGAAAAAGAAAAAGAUUCUAAACUGUUGAAUAAUAUAUAUUUAAAUGAUAAAUUGAAAGAAUUUUCAUCCUAUUUGCCAAUUGUUAAAUCUUUUGAAAAGGAAGAUUUUGAUUUAUUGAACGUAACCAUUCCAAACUAUUUUAAAAGAAUAAGAAAUAAUAUAUUAGCAAAUGAAGAAAAAAAAAAUAGAGAAAAUGAUAAAAAUGUUGAUAAUGUAUAUAAUACUUCUAUAGAUGAUAUAAAUGCAGUUAAUACAAAAAAGAAAAUUCUUUAUAAUGAAUAUUUUGAACAUCCAUUAAAAAAAUAUUUAAAAAUUAAAAAAAUUUAUCCCAUAAUCCCAUAUAUAUCAGUGUGGAGAAAUAAGUAUGUACAGGGUAUAAUGGAAAUUGAAAGUAAUAAUAAAAUAAAUGAAAAUAAUAAAUACAAUCAAAGUGAUUAUAAAAAGAAAAAAAAUAAAAAAUUCUAUGGUCUUCUACAUUUAAUAGAAAAAAGUAGAGAUAAGCAUAUAUAUAGUUUAUAUAAAAAUCAUGAUAUAAACAAUAUGAAUUACUUCUUGAAGAAUUUGCAAAAUAAAAGUAAUAAAGAAAAAAAAGAAUACCCUGAUGAUAAAAAGAAUAGCCUUCAUAAAGAGAAUAAUAAUAUUCUAGAAAAUAGGGAUAUUGAAAAAAAUAAUAAAAAUACUAUGGAAAAUAUAAAACUAAAUGAAAAUCAAAAUGAAAAUGAAAAUCAAAAUAAUAAUAAUAAUAAUAAUAAUAAUAAUACAAAAAAAAAAAUUAGUUUAAGUAAAUUCUUAAUAAAAAAGCAUAUAUUAAAAUUAAAAAAAUUAGAAAAAUUAAAAAAUAAUAUUCCAAAAGAAGUAAAGAAAUCACUUACAAAAGAUAACAAAGAAGAAUUUUCUAGUACAAAAAAAAAAAUUUUUAUGAGACAAUCAUUACAAAUUAAUGAAGGCUCAUCACUUAAUGAAAAAAUUAAAUAUCAACAAACAGAAAAAAAUUUAGAUGAAGGGAAUGAAAAAAAUGAAAUAAAAAUUGAAAAAAGUGUAAGUUUAACUGAUAUGGAUAAUUCAAUUAAUAAAAAUGUACUUGAUGAAAAUGUAAAACUUUUCAAAUAUGUUAGAGAUUAUAAAUCUCCACCUUUUUCUUUAAAUAAGAAUGAUACAAUGUCAUAUGUUAUUGGUCUUUCAAAAAAAAGAUUAGCCUAUAUAUUUCCAACACUGUCUAAAAAAGUUAUUUUUUCUAAAACCGGUCAUCAGAAAAGAAAAAAUUAUAUUUUACUAAAAGAGUAA